UAGAACUCGCAUCGAAAAACAACAACCCCCAAAUCGCUAAAUAACGAACCUUCAUUUCUCUAUUUGAGCUUGAAAAUGCGUUUACUUGGAGUAUCGCUUUCUGUGGCUGUUCUCUUACUCGUCUGCUCAGCCACUCAAGCUGUGUGGAGGCCGCCAAAGGUGCGCCUGGUAAAUGGCUACAGUAUUCCCAUUGAACAGGCCCCCUAUAUUGUACAGCUAAGGAAUACCACAAACACUCACUUCUGUAGCGGCACAUUGGUAACGCCGAAACAUGUGGUGACCGCCGCGCAUUGUUUUGAUGAAAAUAGUACCAAGGGUGUAAAAAUUGUGGCUGGAGCCAAUACUCCCAAGGAGAUCGGAAUUCAAAAACAGGUUGUAAAGGUAACGUUGCAUCCUAAAUAUGAUGCCACAACCUACGAUAUGGAUGUGGCUGUUUUGGAAUUAAAUGAACCAAUAACUGAAGAGAAUCGGGUUCGUACAAUCCCAUUGUGCGGUGCACCCAUAAGGCCUGGAGAUGUAAUCGAUGUCCCUGGAUGGGAUACCCCCACCAAAGAUUAUAAAUUUAACUCCGAUAGUUUACAUACUGUUCGUCUGAAUGUUAUAUCUGAAGCCGCUUGCACCUAUAGAUUGGCCCAUGACCCCUAUGGUCUGGAUAAAUCAAUGUUUUGCGCCUUGACUUCGGAGGAGGAUGUCUGCAGUGGAGAUUCUGGUGGACCAGCCGUCAGAGAUGGCGAAUUAUGUGGCAUUAUUUCAUGGGGUCAUGGUUGUGCUGAAGAUUAUGCUGCCGGAGUGUUUAUUAACGUGAAUCUGGUGCGUGAUUUUAUUGAGGCAAAUUUGAAAAUGUAAAAUUCAAAAAUAAAAUGUAUUUAAAGUGAAAUGCAAUAUCAGAA